AAUUUUGAAAGCGUGCAGCUGUAGUAUUUUACCCAUAAAGGGUUAAAUGAUUAUUGAAAUUAUGCCUGUAGCAGAGUACAAGGAAGUGUUUUGGCAAGCCAACCUUGAUUGUCUAGUUCUAGUGGGGGUGGUGCUAUCACACGUACACCUGUACUAGGUCACAAAAAAGCUGAUCCUUUGUGAGAAAAGCAGAAGAGUUUUGUGGAAACUGCAACUCCAGAUCAGCCUCAUCAAUGCAUAAAUGUUUCCACCGAGUCAACUGCAAAUCAUAAACGCUCGUUAUGAUGGCUUCUAGUGAGAAUGGCAAAGACCUGGUUUUUGAAGGAUAUUUGAAAAAGCGAAAAGAUAAGAUGAGGUUUGCUUGGGCAAAAUACUGGUUUAGACUCCAAAAUACCACCUUAUUUUUCUACACUGAAAAGGAUUGUGAGUCGUGUCACCUCCGCGGUCAAUACUAUAUCUACAUGGUUCAGUCCGUGAGAGAAAUCAAAGCCACAAACCAUGAAUAUCCCUUUGAAAUAGUCAUGAAAAACGGGAAGAGGAAAUUGCUGGCUGCGGAAAGGUCGGAUCUGCGGGCUGUAUGGAUGGAGUUUCUGUGGAAAGCCAUGCAGCUUCCUGGACCAGGGAAGAAGAACUCCGCUUGUACAUGGCACGACAUCCCCUGUCUGAUUGAAAGAGCAGCGUCACUUUGUCAGGACACGACCAAGCGGGAACAUUCCUCAUUGUUCAGCUCCUCAGACAUACAGAGUCAGGACUUCACCUCAGACACUGUACAUCUCCACAAAUCUUCUGUUGCAUCUCGGGAGACUUCGUUUAAGUAUUUAAACAUUUUAGAUAUCACAUGUGACCACCUCCCAGAUAAACAGGAGACAAAGGCAGAUGUUGAUCUGAGUCCAUGGCCUGAAGUUGCUGGCAAAGUCAACUGUCAGAGUGGGGUCUAUGAUGUUCCUAAGUCCUUUGAGAAGUUAAAGAUCGAUUCCAAUGUUCAGUCUUACUCUGAUGAACCGUUCACCUCCAGCUCCAACACAGGACUGUUGGAUGAAAUCAUUUCAGACUGCAGGAUUUCUACAUACCACUGGCUGGAUUCCACUGAGACACAGUGAGCGUACAAAAAGUUUAGAAACUCCUGUGAAUGCAUCUAUUCCAACCUAACGCCAGCUGCAGAACAUGGGGUUGAAAGGAGCUCUCGCCAAGGCACUAAAGUGCUUUCCAUAUCAUUUCAUUGUGUUCCUGCUUGGUUACACACAGUCAUGUCUUUUUUUAUCAUCUUUGUUACGUGCUGAAAUGGCAGAAAAUGUCACCUAGGUAACGACUCAAGUGCAAAAUCGCUAGCACACAUGCAAACGCUGUAAAUCAGGAACAUUCAAACAAAAAGUAUUUCAUGCAAUUUGAGGCUGUUGACUUUUGGCACAGAAUUAAUUGUGAAAUUGCAAAUGAACACAGCACAUUUUAAACUACAGUAUAAUACUUAAAAAAUUGAGAAAGUACAUUUAUUUGACUGUGAACCUCCUGGUUUAUAAUGUGGAACUCAUUGUCCUGUGUUCUCAAGCAACAGGGUGACAUUUAGAACAAGAGUAAAAGGGAACUGUGUCUAUCUUAUGCAAAGUACCGUAAAAUCCAAACUAUCAGUCGCAUCCAUGUAUACAUUGAUUCCUAUUUAAAAUAACUUCUUAUUGUAGCUGGGCUGGUAUACAAGUCAUUGACCUUUAUAAUCUACAGCUGGCAACAGAUUUCAUUCAUGCACAGGAUUCUCCCUUUGUAUUCUCACCAAUUUUCUUCCGUGCUCUAAAGGCACUGGUCCCAGCCUGAAUGUAGUUCUGUUUGACUCCCAGCUACCGUAUAGAAUGGCUUUUCACUCCCUCAAUCCAACUUCAAAUCCAGCCCAGACUGAUAAGAUCCAAAUAUAUUUUUGCCCUCUGACUGUAAAGGGGUCCCAAAUAAAAGAUCUUUGACGAUCACAGAUCAGAUGCAAUUGCCCAUCAAAAUUGCCUGAGUUCGGUACCUACUGGCAAUCUCAGUCACAGAGGGCACUGGAUGGAUGGUGUGGGAAAUUUCACACAUGCAGUGGAAGCAGCUACUCUGAGGUUAGAGUUGAACGUCUUGUUGGGGCAGAGUGGUGAGGUUUACUCAGCAUCUAACUCUCAAAAGUACCAGGCUUGGGAGAUAAAUACACAUGGGCACCUUAAAUGGCAGUGUUUCAAUCCCAGCACGAACUUCACAAAUAAAACAAGCUAUUGGAUGUCUGAGAUGAGAUUUACUGUAUAUGAGAUGUCUGCAUACCAGGUGUCUGAGAUGAGAUGUAUCCUUGAUUGGACUUAUGUUAUUCAUACCUUGUAUAUAUGAAUCUUAUUGUCCCACAAAGUUUAUAUUCACUGAUUUUUUUUAAUGUGUGGGAUUUGUUGUGUAUUGUGCUGUAUACUCAUAAUAAAAAUAUUACAGAACUAUCUGCUUCAGAACU